UCUAAAAAAAAAAAGGAAAGUAGUUACAUGACAACAUAUCGAAAUGUUAAAAAUUUGAGCCUGAAAAUUUGACUAGUGAAAUAUAAAGCAAUGCAGGAGGUCUCAGACGCUCCUCUUUCUAUCGAUCUUUGUUUGGGAAAGGCCCAGUGAUGAAUCGACCCUGCCUGGGAUCAACCAACCUAUAUACGAGUGUUUUCAUUCCUGGAUCCGCCACUGGACAAAACCAAUGGCUAUUAUUUGCAGCAACAUUUCCCUUAGGCGUGUAUUAACAACGCUCGUGCUUAUGACAAUCCUAGCGGCUGAGAAAAGGGUGUGCAUCCGGAUCCCAGAUCAGAUCACUGAAACUACAAGGCUAGGGAUCCACCCAACGACCAGCCCGCCUUUGAAAUCAGCAGUUUUUGCUCUGGGUAGCUUUUGGAGGUCUGAAGCUGUGUUCGGGUGCUUGAAUGGGGUUCUUCAGACCACUGUUGGUUAUGCUGGAGGAUCCAAAGCCAAUCCUGAGUACAGAAGUUUGGGUGAUCAUGCCGAGUCUGUGCAGGUGGUAUAUGAUGAAAGGCUAAUCAGCUUCAGGCAACUUUUGGAGGUUUUCUGGUCUAGUCAUGAUUAUAGACAAGUCUUUGGGCAAGGUCCUGAUGUGGGUAACCAAUACAGAUCUAUCGUUUUUACGAAUGGAACUGGAGAGUCUAGAUUGGCUUCUGUAAACAGAGGGAGAGAGCAAACUAAGUCAAAGAGCAGCAUUGUCACUACUCAAAUCCAGCCACUUGGAACAUUUUAUCCUGCUGAGCCUGAACAUCAGAAGUUUGAGCUGAAGCGCAGGCCAGUCCUUCUUCAACUAAUGGGAAACUUGCCUGAAGAGGAACUUGAGAGGUCACAUUUGGCAGCGAAACUGAAUAGCUAUGCUGCAGAGCUUUGCCCUCCAAAUAUUCAGAAGAAGAUUGAUGUAAAGAUCACUGAGAUUAUUAAAAAAGGAUGGCCAAUUUUGAGUGACUUGUAGGUGGCCUUUGCGGUAGAGUUUUAGGUCUCGCAUUUGUACACCAUUUAUAUGCCUGGUCAAGCUGGUUUCCCGAGUACCCCUAUCUGUAGAAUAGGCAAUCCAAUUCAUCAGUGCUCUUUGCCCAGUCUGGCUCGUCAUUAUGUAUGCAUCUAGAAAUCUCCGAUCACAUAAAGUACGAUGAUCAUUCAGUGUCUUCUAACUCAUAUAAAUUUAUUCAUUUUUCUCGACACUGAUUGUUGUUUCUUUUAAUGUCAUGGCUAAAUGAAUAUACUGAAGCUCUAUUGGUCUCA